AUGUAUACAUUCCGAAAGUUAUCAGCAUCCCUGAUUGUAACUCUCAUGUUAAUUCUCCUUUCAGAUGAAUUAAUCAGAUUAUCCUUUGCUCAAACAGGCGAUAUAAAUUGCCAAGAUUCUUCUCCGGACAAUCCUUGUAACAAGGUUGACAAAUUAUUAGAACCUUGUAAUGAAACAUUAACUCGGCCUGACUCUGAUGAUGAUGAAUUCAUGUAUUGGGUUGAUGAACCCCAUGAAGCAAAAUGCUGGUGUAAUAAAAAAUUCUAUGAUUUAAUAUCAAGCUGUAUGACGUGUUUAUCUUUGCCACCUAACGUUGAAACAAUGAUUAGACCGUUGGAAGAUUAUAAAAAUGAUUGUAAAGCUCAGAAUGUAGAAUUUAUCGACCAACAUUCGUUGAUAGUAUUAUUGGCAAGUUUAUUGUUCUGUCUGUUUGCUUUUAAAAAGAACAAGAAGAAGUCACGGGCCUAUGAAAAAUUGAAAACGGAUUUUUAUUCAUAUCCAAAAAACAGAGGAAGGGGGAUUGAAAUCGGAACAAGGAACGUUGUGAAUGAAAAUGAUGAAAAAUUAUAUUCACCCGCGGCACCCAUGCCGCCACCGUUAGCUCAUCAACCUCAACAGGGUGAGGUGCAACAAUUGCAAGAUCAGAAUAAUCCUUUCGUCAAUACUGGUACGUAUGGACCGCAAGAAUAUUAUGUGGAAGCAAGUCAGUCACAAGUACAAGCUCCCAGACAGAGUUACGAAUAUUCUGAUAACGUUAACUUUGUAUAUAUAUUAAUCGCGCAAGAGCCAGAAGACACACCAAGUCCAACGGUUAACGAAAUAACCAUAACGUCUACAGAAUCUAAACCCACACACGUAUCGCAUAAAGAAAAUAAAGAAGAUAAAGAAACGACUAUAAAAAGUUGCACAGCACCUGAUAGUGCGUGUAGAAAUGUUAAUGACACUUUAAGGUUAUGUAAUGGGGUUAUGGUGACCCCUGACAAAUAUAUCGAGAAAGAUAUUCAUAACGGCACUUACCAACCAGAUAGUUUUAGUUUGGCGAGAUGUAUGUGUAAUCAACCGUAUUACAACAUGUUGGAAGCAUGUGUGGAAUGUUUCGUUAAUACAACGGGGAAAGAAUUUGAAGUUGCUCCUUUAGAACAAUACGAAAAUCGAUGCAAAUCAUUCGGUGUCACAUACACUCAAGAAACGCCACCACCACCAACUACUGGGAUUCCAUCAAAAGUAAAAUUGAUAUUAUCAAUUGGACUAUUUGUAGUAUCUUUUGGGUUAUUAGGAAUGCUUUUGUACAAAUUAUACAAAAGAAAGAAAAGAAGGGAAUCGGAAAGGGCUUUUGCUGAAAAACUAUCCGCUGAUUUGGUGGCAUCAAGUAAUCGUGGUCGUCUUAGUACAGGUGAUACUUUGACUAAAACGUAUCCGGCACCAAGCUCAACACCAACCCAUCAUCGCACCCCUCCUCGAAACACACCACCAUCAUCAGGUGGUCCGCCUCCGCCUUCAAGUAAUAUUAGUUUACCUAGUCCACAACCAUAUUAUCCCCCUGGUAGUCAAGGAGGUGGUCAAGGAGGUGGUCAAAGCGGGCAAAGUGGGCAAAGUGGUGGUCAAUCUGAUAGUUAUUUUAAUAAUUCUUUCUAA